CCUCUUCCCUCUCCGCGACCCGACCCCGGAGCCUGAGAAGAGCCCAGGGUGGGGGUGGGCGUGGGGACCCGGGGGCAGGAGGGGCACUUUGCCCCGGGGAAUGCAGCAGACUGGGCUGGUCCCCAGGAGACUGCGGCCCGGGGGAAUGCGCGUGAGGGGGUGUCCAGCGAGUCGGGUCGGGUCGGAGUGGAUUGACCACGGGGCCCGGAGUGUCCGAGCCGGGAGCGGAGCCUGCACCCUCCACCACCCGCCCUUCGGGAAAUGUCAGAACUGAGCCAAGAGCUGCUGCCGCUCACCCCGUGUCUUCUGGCCGCUUCCCUCUUUGUUGCCCCUCCCCACAGGCUCCCCCUCUCCUCCUCCUGGGGCCCAUCAUGAAUGGUGCCCCCUCCCCAGAGGAUGGGGCCUCCCCCUCCCCUCCCCCCCUGCCACCACCCCCUCCCCCAAGUUGGCGGGAGUUCUGUGAGUCCCACGCCCGGGCUGCAGCCCUGGAUUUUGCCCACCGUUUUCGCCUCUACCUGGCCUCCCACCCCCAGUACGCGGGGCCUGGGGCGGAGGCUGCCUUCUCUCGCCGCUUCGCUGAGCUCUUCCUGCAGCACUUUGAAGCUGAGGUGGCCCGGGCCUCGGGCUCCCUCUCACCACCAGUUAUAGCUCCCCUGAGUCCUGGUGUGGAGAUCCCUCCGCCACAUGACUUGUCCCUCGAGAGCUGCAGGGUGGGCGGGCCCCUGGCUGUGCUGGGCCCCUCUCGAUCAUCCGAGGACCUGGCCGGCCCCCUCCCCUCCUCAGUCUCUUCCUCUUCUACGACCUCUUCGAAGCCGAAGCUCAAGAAACGCUUCUCCCUCCGCUCAGUCGGUCGCUCGGUCCGAGGUUCUGUCCGUGGCAUCCUGCAGUGGCGGGGAACUGUUGACCCUCCCUCCCCAGCGAGUCCCCUGGAGACCUCAUCGGGCCCCCCAGUCCUGGGUGGAAACAGCAACUCCAACUCCUCUGGUGGGGCUGGGACUGUUGGUCGGGGACUGGUUAGUGAUGGCACGUCCCCUGGGGAAAGAUGGACUCACCGAUUUGAGAGGCUGAGACUAAGUCGGGGAGGGGGGACCUUGAAGGAUGGAGCAGGGGUGGUGCAGAGGGAAGAGCUGCUGAGUUUCAUGGGGGCCGAAGAGGCGGCCCCUGACCCUGCCGGAGCAGGCCGGGGAGGAGGGGCAGCUGGGCCUACCUCAGGGGGAGGAGGACAGCCCCAGUGGCAGAAGUGUCGCUUAUUGCUCCGGAGUGAAGGCGAAGGAGGAGGAGGAAGUCGCCUGGAGUUCUUUGUACCACCCAAGGCCUCUAGGCCCCGGCUCAGCAUUCCCUGCUCUACUAUCACGGAUGUUCGGACAACCACAGCCCUGGAGAUGCCUGACCGGGAAAACACGUUUGUGGUCAAGGUGGAAGGUCCCUCRGAGUACAUCCUGGAGACAACUGAUGCUCUCCAUGUGAAGGCCUGGGUGUCUGACAUUCAAGAAUGCCUGAGCCCAGGACCCUGCCCUGCUACCAGUCCCCGCCCCAUGACCCUCCCUCUGGCUCCUGGGACCUCCUUCCUCACAAAAGAGAACACAGAUGGCUUGGAGCUGCCCUGCCUGAACCAUUCAGAGAGUCUGCCCAGCCAGGAUCUGCUUCUGGGACCCAGUGAGAGCAAUGAUCGCCUUUCGCAAGGGGCGUAUGGGGGCCUCUCAGACCGGCCCUCAGCAUCCAUCUCCCCUAGUUCGGCCUCCAUUGCUGCCUCCCAUUUUGACUCCAUGGAACUGCUUCCGCCAGAGCUGCCCCCCCGCAUCCCCAUUGAGGAGGGCCCCCCUGCAGGAACAGUUCAUCCCCUCUCAACCCCCUACCCUCCCUUGGACACUCCGGAAACAGCCACAGGGUCCUUCCUGUUCCAGGGGGAGUCAGAGGGAGGUGAGGGGGACCAGCCCCUCUCAGGAUAUCCUUGGUUCCACGGGAUGCUCUCUCGACUCAAGGCCGCCCAGCUAGUGCUGGAAGGAGGCACCGGCUCCCACGGUGUCUUCCUGGUACGUCAGAGCGAAACGAGGCGGGGUGAAUAUGUCCUCACUUUCAACUUCCAGGGCAAGGCCAAGCACCUGCGCUUGUCACUGAACGAGGAGGGCCAGUGCCGGGUCCAGCACCUGUGGUUCCAGUCUAUUUUCGACAUGCUCGAGCACUUCCGGGUGCACCCCAUCCCUCUGGAGUCUGGAGGCUCCAGUGAUGUUGUCCUUGUCAGCUAUGUGCCCUCCCAGCGGCAGCAGGGCCGGGAGCAGGCUGGGAGCCAUGCAGGGGUGUGCGAGGGAGAUCGAUGCUACCCCGAUGCCUCCUCCACCCUCAUGCCCUUCGGAGCGAGUGACUGUGUAACCGAACACCUCCCAUGACCUACCCCAGCCCCCUGAACCCCCUUCAUGGACAGAUCCCCCACAUCCUGGGGCAGAAGAGGCGUCGGGGGCRCCAGAAGUGGCGGCAGCAGCAGCCCCAGCAGCCAAAGAGAGGCAAGAGAAAGAGAAAACGGGCAGUGGAGGGGUCCAGGAAGAGCUGGUCCCCGUGGUUGAGCUGGUCCCCGUGGUCGAAUUGGAAGAGGCCAUAGCACCAGGCAUGGAGGCCCAGGGUGGUGCUGGCUCUGGUGGGGACAUUGGGGUGACCCCAAUUGUGCAGCUCCAGCAGUUACCACUAGGGGGCAACGGAGAAGAAGGGGGUCAUCCCAGAGCCAUUAACAACCAGUACUCCUUGGUGUGAGACACCCCACCCCACCYUCUCUCCACUCUUCUUGCUCUUCAGUCCUCGGGUCGUGAGGUGGGCUGGGUAGGGACAUAGAGGAGACUUGGGAGUCCCCUUCCCACAGGCUUCCUGACCUUGUCAGUCAAGGGCAUACGUGCUGGUACAAGCAGAGGUUCGAGAGCCCUGUCAACUCCCUAGUUCGUACACUACAGGCGCCCAUCCCCUAGGCAGGGGAUUUGGGCUCCAUUACCUCCCUGAGGGGCUCUUAUGGUCAGCCCCAUCCCUGGGGGCCAUUUCCCCAUCAACUACCCCCCAGCCCAAGCAAGGGUGAUGGGGGGAAGGGCUGUCAGUUAUUUUAAGGUGGUUGUUGUUGUUGUUUUAAACAAAAUGGAGAAGCAUAAAUAAAUAAAAGGGUUUAUCUCAGUUCCACCGUGA